UCCAUCUUUCUUUCGUUCUAUAUUCAAAAAUUCUAUCUCAUAAGUCAUAAUAAGUUCCUGAAAUCAGUCGGUUUUGAUUUUGAUUCUAAAAUGUUUAUGGGUUGUAAUACUCCGAAGAAGGAUAUGGAUCGGAUCAAAGGUCCAUGGAGUCCUGAAGAGGACGAGUUGCUUCAACAGCUUGUUGAGAAACAUGGUGCGAGAAAUUGGUCGUUAAUUGGGAAAUCUAUACCUGGUAGAUCUGGGAAAUCGUGUAGGUUACGGUGGUGUAACCAGCUGUCGCCGCAGGUGGAACACCGUGCGUUUACGCCGGAGGAAGACGAGACGAUUCUUCGUGCUCAUGCUCGGUUUGGGAACAAGUGGGCGACGAUUGCUCGGUUGUUGUCAGGUCGGACUGAUAACGCCAUUAAAAACCAUUGGAACUCGACGUUGAAGAGGAAGUGUUCUUCGAUGACGAAUGAAGAGUUUAGUGAGUUUGCUAUUCAACAGCCUUCGUUGAAAAGAUCUGUUAGUGCUGGUUCGGCGGUGGCUGUUUCUGGUCGUUAUUUGAAUCCCGGUAGUCCGUCUGGAUCUGACGUCAGUGAUUCCAGCGUUCCGGCGAUUUCGUCGUCGCACGUCUACCGGCCAGUCGCUAGAACAGGAGCGGUUGUUGCUCCGCAAAUCGAAGUAGCAACGUCUUCUCCUCCGCCUCCGCCUCCGCCGCUUCAAACGAAAGAUCCUCCGACUUUAUUAAGUCUCUCGCUUCCUGGAGUCGAAAAUGAAGAGUCUACAGCUGCUCCGACGCCGAUGCAGUUAAUGCCGCCAUCGCCGGUAGCAAGUCCUUUACCACCUCCGCCUCCACCUCCGCCAGUUCCUAUCCAUGCUAUGCCGUUGCGGCAGGUCCCAGUCGAUCGUUACAAAAACAUAAACCUAAACAACGCAGACCUCAUGUCAUCGAUUCCGAUGGCGAUUUCCUCCGCGAUGCAUCAGCUUAAGGUAUCUCAAAAUCCGGUAACAGAAGUAGAUCAACAGGAUAAGGGUUUCACGCCGUUCAAUGCAGAGUUUUUGUCUGUAAUGCAAGAGAUGAUAAGAACAGAGGUCAGGAAUUACAUGACAGGAGUCGAACAAAAUAACCACCACCAACGAUCCGGAGAGGGUGGCGGAAUGUGCAUGAAACAGGCGGCGAAUGGCGGUGGCGAUGGGUUUAGGAACGCAGCGGUGGUGAAGAGAAUCGGCAUUAGCAAGAUCGAUUAGAAGUAGAUUUGUUGAUAGGUGAUGAUCGGAGAAGGCGCCCUGAAAUCUUGAAAAAUUGAGACGAUGAUCGGAGAAAGGGCAAAACAAAAACAAUCUUUGUUAUAUUUCUCUAUUUGUUAAUUAUAUAAAAUAUGCCCAAAAAAAGAAAAAAAAAAUAAUCAUGUACAGGGGUAAUCUUGAAAAUGUAAGAGCAACAGAGGGUAAAAUGGAGAUUAUAAAAACCUUCUUUUUAGAUCUAA